GCAGUGGACGUUACGACCUGUAGGGGGCGCAUCUCUCCCUGAGUCAAAACAAUCUUGUGGCUUGUCCUCAACUUUUAGCUACGUGCUAACAAGCAGUUUUACACGCUUUUUCUGGAAAAAAGUCAGCCAGACUCGGAGUCGCAUCACGUUUGGGAUUAGUCAUGGAGUCUUGCGAAAAGUUGCGGACUGGUUUGUGCGUAUUUCGUGCGAUAGUUUGAAGCUUAGCUCGGCGUCGAGCCGCCAAACACAACAGAAAGUCUCCCGAACCUCGUCGAGCGACGCAAACGUUGAAGAUUCUUCCCUGGUCUGCCUGGCGACAUCGCGGCAAAAUGUCAAUUUUAGGCUUGAAGAAGAAACAACCAAAGACCUUCAAGGUCAAAGUCACCACCAUGGAUGCUGAGAUGGAGUUUAGCUGCGAGGUCAAGUGGAAGGGCAAAGACUUGUUUGACCUGGUGUGCCGCACAGUGGGCUUGAGGGAGACCUGGUUCUUUGGCCUGCGCUACACGGUCAAGGACACGUAUGCCUGGCUAAAACCUGAUAAACGAGUCUUGGACCAGGAGGUUCCGAAAGACUCGCCGAUCACAUUUCACUUCCUGGCCAAGUUCUUCCCAGAGAAAGUGGAAGACGAACUCGUCCAAGAAAUCACGCAGCACCUCUUCUUCUUGCAGGUGAAAAAACAGAUCUUGGAUGAGGAGAUUUUCUGCUCCCCGGAAGCUUCCGUUCUUCUGGCCUCGUACGCCGUCCAAGCCAAAUACGGCGACUAUGACCCCAACUUCCACAAGCCGGGCUUCCUGGCGCAGGACGAACUUCUGCCCAAAACGGUGCUGAUGCAGUACCAGAUGACGGCUGACAUGUGGGAGGAGAAGAUCACAGCCUGGUACGCCGAGCACAGGGGCAUCGCCAGGGACGAAGCAGAGAUGGAGUACCUGAAGAUAGCCCAGGACCUGGAGAUGUACGGCGUCAGCUACUUUGACAUCACCCAAAACAAACGGGACACGGACUUGCUGCUGGGCGUGGACGCGCAGGGUCUUCACAUCUACAGCCCCAGCAGCAAGCUGACGCCCAACAAGUCUUUCCCCUGGAGCGGCAUCCGCAACAUCUCGUACAGCGAGAAAGAGUUCACGAUCAAGCCUCUGGACAAGAAGAAAGACGUCUUCAAGUUCUACUCGUCUCAGCUGCGCGUCAACAAGCUGAUCCUGCAGCUGUGCAUCGGCAACCACGACCUGUUCAUGCGGCGGAGGAAGGUGGACUCCAUCGAGGUGCAGCAGAUGAAGGCCCAGGCCAAAGAGGAGAAGGCCCGGAAGAAGAUGGAGCGGCAGAUCCUGGCGCGCGAGAAGCAGAUGCGAGAGGAGGCAGAGCGAGCUAAAGAGGAGAUGGAGCGGAGGCUUUUCCAGCUGCAGGAUGAGGCGCGCCUCGCCAACGAGGCGCUGCUGCGCUCGGAGGAGACGGCGGACCUCCUGGCGGAGAAGGCCCAGAUCGCGGAGGAGGAGGCCAAGCUGCUGGCUCACAAGGCGGCCGAGGCGGAGCAGGAACGACAGAGGUUAGAGGUCAACGCCAUGAAGACCAAAGAGGAGAAGAGGCUCAUGGAGCAGAAGAUGAGGGAGGCCGAGCAGCUUGCCGUCAAGCUGGUGGAGCAGUCGGAAAGAAGGCUGAAGGAAGCGGACCACCUGAAGCAGGACCUGACCGAGGCCAAGGAUGCCGAGAGGAGGGCCAAGCAGAAACUCUUGGAGAUCACCAAGACCACCUACCCGCUGAUUGCGGCCUAUUCGGCUCCUCCCCCCGUUCCGGCGCCGGCCUCCGCGCCCGCCGCCCCCCCGGCGCCCAGCGCCGCCUACGAAACGACGUCGCCGCCGCGUCUCGAUUUUAAAGACUCGGACAUGAAGAGGCUCUCCAUGGAGAUUGAGCGCGAGAGGCUGGAGUACAUGGAGAAGAGCAAACAUCUGCAGGACCAGCUCAAGGAGCUCAAGUCCGAGAUCGAGUCUCUGAAACUGGAGGAGCAGCAGCAGCAUCCGCAUCUUUCUCAGCUUCCGCAUCAGCAGGCGUCCGGGAUGUACGCUCUCCACGACGCCAGAACUUACGUCCCAGAACCGCUUUACAUCCCUCACAGCAACAGAAACUCGGCCUUCGUGUCGCAGAUGGCCUACUUUGAGGAGGUCUAAGGAGGAGGAAGAAGAUCUCCUGACUGACGUCACCUUUUGGAACAGAACACUAAAGGACUUUUUGGGGGUUUCGGUCCCGUUCACGGUUUUGCAUUUUGAUUUGCUUUCGCGGAACACAGCCGACCCGUUUCUCCACUCCGACUCGUGUCCUACUCUCGGAUUCACUCGGGUCGGUCUGUCGUGGUUCCUCACCAGUGAUUUUUCUUUUUUUUUUUUUUUUUUUUUGGGCUCUGCCGUCAUAUUCUAUUUAACUGACGGUUAGGGUUAGGGUUUAUUGACGCGACGCCUCCGCCUCCACGGCUUUUGACUCCGCCUCGUCGUGUUUUAUUUUUUUGUCCGUUGUUCGAGUCUUAUUUAUUUCUGUGUUUUACUUCAUCACCACGAAGGCCUUUUGUUUGCCGCAUCCAAGUGUUACAAGUGUUUUUUUUUUUGUUUUUUAAUUUGAUACUGCAAAAUAUUUGCUUUCAAUGAUUUUCUACUGUACACGUCAUUUCAAUAGAGCUGACUGAGUGCCGCCACA